CCUAUUUGAAAUUCCUGUCAAAAAUUCCGGCAGGUAAAAGAAAAUUGCAACGAGAAGUUCUUAAGGCCAUAAAGUCAACCAUGCCUGUUAUAAAAUUUCUGACUUCCGAUGAUAUAAUUAUUGAGACAGAUGAUCAAAUAGCCCAGUGCUCAGACAUAAUUAGGCCUUUACUGGUGUGCUGUACGGAAGAGGGUGAUCCGCCAAAGCUGAAAGUGAGUGCAGCUAUUUUGCGCAAAGUUUUAGAAUGGGCCGAACAUCACAAAUAUGAUCCUGCAGGGGACACGCAGUGCAUCAAUGAUCCCUGGGACACACAGUUUGUCAGUGUUGACCAAUCCACACUUUUCGAACUGAUCCAAGCUGCCAAUUAUUUGAAUAUCAAGGGGUUACUCACGCUCACCUGCAAGGCAGUGGCCAAUAUGAUCACAGGCAAGACCCCGGAUGAAAUACGAAAGCUAUUCGAAAUAAAAACUAAUUCCGCUCCCGCCGGAGAGUACUACGAUUAAUUUGUAUUUUGCAAACUUGUGGUAGACAUCUAUGAAAUGUUUGUCAGUGGCAGUGUAUAGAAUUCGAUUCAUUUAUAAAUAAAACAACUCGCCAGGAAGUUUUUAUUAUUUGAAAGCAUCAUGUCUGGGCUAAAUCCAUAUAAGCAUUUUCUAAAUUUUAUCUGUAAGCUGUCGCCGCACGGAAGGAUUUGUGAGGCCCAUUUGAGGGCAGAACAUCCCGAGUGUUUCAGGCAAAAAUCCAGAAUAUAUGUACUAUUGGAACUACCACAGAAAGCAUGGAGGCAUAUAUUCUCUGGAGAUCGUUGUCAUGAUGGGCACUAUUCACAUCAUUACGACUACUGUUCGCUUCAUGAUCACGAUUCCUCUAUUUUAAGCUGUGCGCUUAAAGUUCUAAUAAUACUUGCCGUCAGCAUCGGAAUUUUGUAUGCCGUAUUUAAGGUGACUGCACAAAGACGUGCUUCGCUUCAAUAAACAGAUGCAAUGGAACCUGCUUAUAACUUCAAAUUUCUAGAAUCAAAGGUAUGGGAAAGAAUAUCAGAACAUAAAGGGCAACCUUAUAUACAAGACUUCAGUAAUAUACUCGCAAAUUACCAGUUCGUAUUACUCUUGGUAAUCAUAACUGGCGGCAGCUACCUUCCAAUAAUUAAUUUGGUCAAGAUAUUUGUAGAAACAAUAGUUUCCAUACUAUUUAUGCAUAUGGCAUACAUAUCAGAUUCAUAUGGCUCUGGAAACUCGUCCGAAAAAAAUUAUAUUACCAUCUUUUUAAUGCAUGUUUCGAGAAUGGGAAAAGAAUCGUCGAUAAACUGCAUUGUGGACUAGGGUCAAUGUUGGCGGCUUGCUUUUCGGCUUUUGCAGAAGAAUUGUGAAAUCAGUAAAUUAUACAAUAAUUAAGUGCAGAGGUAUUAAAUAAAUUAUAAAAGCCGU